UAAACAUUAAACAGACACAAUUACUUCAAACACCCUUCAAGAUUUUUCGCAAAGAAAAAAGCUUAUGGAAAGAGACAUAUAAUAGAAGCAUGCGUUAUCUCUCUAAAUCUAUCUUCUCUGUAAAAUCCCUAAUUUCAAGAAAACCCUACUUCUCCACCAUGUCAAUAAACCUCAAAGCUCCAGUCUUUGCUGGAAACCCGAUAAGAUCCAAAACCCCCAAACCAACAGACCCAUUUUCACCCACAUCAGCUUUUCAAACCCUAAAGACUCUUCUUUCAGGACAAACCCAAAUCCAAGAACCAUCUUCCCCUAAAUUCAAAGUCCUCCCUUUCAGAAAGGGUCGACCUUUAGCCGGAUCAACCGGCGAUUCGGUCAAGAAAUGGCAUCUGGGGUGGUUAAAUUUUGUCGAUUUCAAGGGUGUUUUAGAAGGUAGCGACCUGAAAUUGAGCGAUGAUUUGUUGGUGUAUUUGGGUUACGAGAGUAAAGAAGAAAAAGAACACGAUAGUGUCGUCUAUUGGGCGAUAGAUGUUUCUGAAUCGAUUAGUUUGGUGGAGGAAUUGGGGAAUCGACAGUUUUGCUUCGUGGAAUUGAGGACUUUAAUGGUGGCUACCGAUUGGGCAGAUGAUUCCGCCAUGGGUGAGCUUGCUAUAGCAGGUCACGCAAGAGCGUUACUAGAAUGGCAUAAUACAUCUCGUUUUUGUGGAUCUUGUGGAGAAAUAUUGGUUCCCGCUGAAGCUGGAAGAAGAAAACAAUGUAAAAAAGAUUCUUGCAAUAAAAAAAUUUACCCUCGAGUUGAUCCGGUUGUAAUUAUGUUAGUGAUUGAUAAAGAGAAUGAUCGAGCAUUGCUUAGUAAACAAUCAAGAUUUGUGCCUAGAAUGUGGAGUUGCCUUGCUGGCUUUCUAGAGCCAGGAGAAAGCUUGGAAGAGGCUGUGAGAAGAGAAACAUGGGAGGAAACGGGUAUUAAAGUUGGUGAAGUAAUCUAUCAUAGUUCUCAACCAUGGCCAGGUAAUCCUAAAUGCAAGAAAUAA